CUGCCCUCGGUCAAGAUGGCGCGGGCGGCGUCGGCGCCGGGGACUCGCGGCGAGGCCCGGCUGGCGGGCGCCGAGCGGCUUCGCGCGCGCCUCAGGGCGCCCGGGCGGCGCGGGGCAUUGUGGGGUGGCGGCGGCGGCAGCGGCGGUGGUGGUCUCGGGCUGGGCCGCGUCGCUUUUAGGGCCGGGGCCAUGGCUUUCUGGGCCGCUCUCUCACCUAGCAUCGUGGAGUAUUUCGAGGGCGAGGACUUCUACCGCUGCGGCUACUGCAAGAACGAGUCGGGCAGUCGCUCCAAUGGCAUGUGGGCACAUUCCAUGACAGUACAGGAUUAUCAGGAUCUUAUCGACCGAGGAUGGCGAAGAAGCGGGAAAUAUGUGUACAAACCUGUCAUGAACCAAACAUGUUGUCCUCAGUACACAAUACGGUGUCGACCUUUACAGUUUCAACCAUCAAAAUCUCACAAGAAGGUUUUGAAAAAAAUGUUGAAAUUUCUGGCUAAAGGGGAAAUUUCCAGAGGAAAUUGUGAGGAUGAGCCCAUGGAGCCCGCCAUGGAGGACGCCGUUGCUGGUGACUUUGGGUUAAUAAAUAAAUUGGAUAUCCAAUGUGACCUUAAAACGCUCAGUGAUGACCUCAAAGAGAGCUUAGAGAGUGAAGAGAAGAAGAAAGGAAAGAGCUCAAAGAAAGAAGAAUCUAAUGAAUUAAGUCGGUCACAAGACAUAGAAGAGAAGUUGGGCUCUGGUGAACCAUCGCAUUCAGUUAAAGUGCAUACAGCUCCUAAGCCAGGCAAAGGGGCAGAUUUGAGUAAGCCUCCGUGUCGAAAAGCAAAGGAGAUCCGGAAAGAAAGGAAGAGGUUAAAACUCAUGCAGCAGAACCCGGAUGGAGAACUUGGGGGUUUGCAGGCUCGACGGGAACCAUCUUUCUGCCCACCGAAGGCUAAAUCCAACCAGCCCAAAUCCCUUGAAGAUUUGAUUUUUGAAUCUUUACCAGAGAACGCAUCACACAAGCUAGAGGUGAGGUUAGUGCCUGUCUCCUUUGAGGACCCAGAGUUCAAGUCGUCCUUCAGCCAGUCAUUUUCUUUAUAUGUCAAGUAUCAAAUGGCCAUACACCAGGAUCCGCCUGAUGAAUGUGGGAAGACUGAGUUCACAAGAUUCCUUUGCAACUCACCUUUGGAGGCAGAGAAUCCCCCUAAUGGACCAGAUUGUGGUUAUGGCUCCUUUCACCAGCAGUAUUGGCUUGAUGGAAAGAUCAUUGCUGUGGGAGUGAUUGACAUCCUUCCAUACUGUGUAUCAUCUGUGUAUUUGUACUACGAUCCUGAUUAUUCAUUUCUGUCUUUGGGUGUCUACUCUGCACUCCGAGAAAUUGCUUUUACUAGGCAACUUCAUGAGAAAACAUCUCAACUCAACUAUUACUAUAUGGGUUUCUACAUUCAUUCAUGUCCUAAGAUGAAAUAUAAGGGUCAGUAUAGACCUUCUGAUUUGCUGUGUCCUGAGACAUAUGUUUGGGUCCCCAUUGAGCAGUGCCUGCCUUCACUUGAGAACUCGAAGUACUGCCGUUUCAACCAGGACCCACAAGCAGUGGAUGAAGGUCGCAGUCGGGAACCUGACCGAUUGCAGGUGCUUUACAAGAAAGUCGUCAUGCCUUAUGGUGUUUAUAGGAAACAGCAGAAAGAUCCCAGCGAGGAGGCGGCCGUGCUGCAGUACGCCCGCCUGGUGGGGCAGGCGUGCUCCGAGCGCAUGCUGCUGUUCAGGAACUGAGACCGCUCUCGCGCCCCUCUGCCCAGCGCCCACGCGGUGCUGAGGAGGUGUGCCCGGCACAGAUUCAUUACUGUGGGGAAAUUCCAAAACCAUCCACAAAUGAGACUUCUUUAUUUUAACUGUUAUAUGGCUUUUCUAAAAUAUUUUGUGGCAGUGUAUUUGUGAGAAUCUCAUGAUUAAAGAUUUUUAAAAUGUUAUGACCUAGCCUCACAAUUGGGGUUUAUCAUUUUGGAAGUUUGUUUUAUCAACAAGAUGUGGUAAACUUCUCUUAAUAUUUUGGAAAGUAAAAUUAAUAUGUGACUCAUAAGUGAUUUAAAUCACAGUUGUGCUUUUUUGUUCUGUUAGGGAAAUUAAAACAGACUGUUUCCUCAGAUCUAUUUAAAACAUCACUUUAUGCAAAAAACCAUAAGUGUGGGGAAGAAGGUGGGAAGUCCGUUUCAUCACUUAGAAAAUGUCUUCUCAAGAGAACAAAGCUCUGCUGUUACUCCAUGUUCAAUAUUAAAUUACUGCCAAAUGUUAUGUUGUGUAGUUUAAUAGAAAACUCAAAAAGAGAAAAUAUGAACAUUAAAAAAAGGAUGUCAUGUUAACAUGGGACGUCUGUUUACCCAGGACAGUCCUUUUCAUGUCUAUUGUCUUGGCGUGAUUAUUUUUCUUAGAAUAAUUAUUAAUAGUACUCCCUUUCACUCUCAAAAGUAUCCCAGCAUUGGCAAUAAAAUAUACAUUAUAUAUUUUAUUGUAUGUAAAACAUAUUACCCUAGUUAUAUAUUAUGUUAUUUGCCCAGUUUCUAAAAAUCUUAAGAAAUUGAGUUUUUUAAGAAAAAUUUUGGCUCCUGCUUUGACCUAAGCCCCAUCAAAAGUAAACAUGCACUUAUUUUUCAUUCCUUAGAACUCAGGACACUUGUCUUUGGUUAUUGAUUAAAAAUUUGUUAAUAUCUGACUGCUUUUAUAACUACGUUACAAUCACAUUUAAUGAAGUAGGCAUCAUUUGACCUCCCUUCCAAGGGCGUGAGGUGAGACAAUCCAUUUCUUGCCCUUUGAUUUGGAAGAAGAGGAGAUGCUACACUUAGUAAUUUGAAGCAGAGGGUAGCACCUUCUUUCCUUCUCUCUCUCUUUUGUUUGGUCCUUCACCCAUUCAGCAAGUGUCCCUUGUCCACCACUGUCAAGGUGGCAGGCACUGUGCUGGGAGGAAGGAAGAGAGCCAGAUGUGUCGGUUCACAGUUACGCUUGAGUUGUGCUGGAGACCGGGGAGAAGGGAAGAGAGUUAUCUUCUUGUGCUCGUUCUCAGCUGAUCUCCAUCUUCUGCCAGCUGCUUGGCCACUGAGUCCGUUUCAUUCCUUGUUUUGCCCGUUUUUCUCUUUUCUGUUGAUUGAUCUUUUUAAAAAC